CAUAAAUAGCAGGCUCUUGAUCUCUUUCUACCAUCUUCUCCUUCCCAUCUGCUGAACUGUUCCUCACCAGGUAUAAGCACCAUGCAAAUGACAAGCUCCAGCAGUCCUAUAGCCAUUAGGCUGCCCAUUUCUGGCCGACCUCUUAAGCCGCCGUCCGGUCACCGGCGUUGCCGGAUUAUUGCUGCAUCAAGGGAUGCGGAUAACGGGAAGUUCGGUGGCCGGAUUGUCGACGAGAACAUGUUUGUGCUGAGGAGGAGGAUUCAUGAGAUGAAGAUGGUGGAGAGGAACUAUGAAUCCCCUGCUGGUGGGGCGGAUUGGGAGAAGAAAUACCAUGUUGCUUAUGCUUCUCAAGUAUGUGAAGGGGUGGGGCUGUUACAGAGGUUCUUGAUCAGCACAAGGCCGAGUGUGGGUGUGGGCAUGUUGGCGAUGGUGGGCUUGAGCCUACCCACUGCAGCUUCUGUGGUUCUCUUCAAUUUGAUCGGAGCCUGCAACUGGAUUCUCAGUCUCCCUCUUCAUCGCUAGGAAACCAAAUCGGUGGAGUUAGUUACGAAUUCUCAGAUCUGUUUAUUAUUCUUUUCAUGAUGAAUUAAACUCUGAGAGACGACCUUAUGCGAAAAAGGAUGGUGCUUAACUGCUUAUUUUUUCCGUGUGUUCGAUAACCUUCGAUCUGAUAUGGUCUUAAUUCAUCAUUGAAGUUCAUGGAUUAAUUUAAGCAACAAUGGGAACCUCAAAUGACCAUCUCAACUCAGAAUCGAGAUUCUCAGUUUGAUAAAAACAUACAUUUUUGUGUGGAUUUCUUCAAACAUCAAAGGAAAAAUGCAUGCCAUAUUAAAUCCUGUGUCGAUCUUAGAAUCUUCGCCAUCAAAGGCAACUAGUUCUUCACCGAGCUUCCCACAUGGAGCUGUUCUGUUACCUGCACUCAAGAUCAGGUGUACAUUGGGGA